GUCAAUUGUUAUUUUACUUUAUUAGGAAGAAUCAUUCUUGCGAUUAACAUUUCGAAGUAGUACCGUUUCAAAGUAGCAUGGAAAACCUUCCAUUCAGAUCGGUGUACCAUAUGGAUUACCUCGGCGGGAAGUACGGCAGGUACUUGGAUUCCUUACUGCCCGGACAGUUCGGCCAGACCGAUCUUACGAGGAAUCGGAGCUACAAUGACGGAGUCCGCCUGUUACAAGAGCGUCAGUACCGCUGGCUGCGGGAGGUGAUGGUGCCUCGCUACGGGAAGAGCCUCAACCUCACACCGCUGACCUCAGACACGAUGGAGAGCCUGAGGUACCAGCAGAGGGAGUACCGCCGCCAGCUGGCCCAGCCCAAGGAGGUCAAGCCCCUCCUCUUCAGCCAGGCGGAGUACGCGAGGAUGGAGGACUUCAACACCUUGUGCGACCUUCAUCGCAACACCUACAGGGACUACGAUAAGUUCCAUAUCAAGUACCCCUUCUUCAAGGAGGAGGACAAGUACUUUAGUCCGACGAAGGAUUAUAUAUUCCAGAUGUCGGUGGACAUGUUUCACUGAAGAGUUUUUCUUGAUAAUGAUAAUAGCAUUAUUAUUAAAAUUCACUAAAUAUUAGAUACAUUACUUUGUACAUUAGGACAUUAAAAUUGGAGUAUUCAUUGUAUUAAGGUAAUUCAAUUUUACGUUGAUGUUUAAUUAAAAAGGAUAUAACUUCCGUGUCUUUUAGACUCCGGUUUUUG